UGGCUGUGGUUGAGUGCACGUGAAUGUCAAAUAUUACCGUUUUUUACACUUUUUUACUAAUUUUAACAUGAAAUAACGAUUCCUCGAAUAUGUAUCGGUUAUUUAACACCCGAAUUUCGUCUUUGCGGAAGUUGCCAAGUUUGUCAUCCAGUUUUAACAGCGAAAAUGUAAAUUUUAAGGUUAGGGACCAGGGCGGCCUUCUCAAGACCCAACUAAAUAAUUACUGUAUUGCAUGUGCCCGUAACCAGUCCACUAGCACUAACCCCAAUUUAGUACUAAAAAAGAUCCGCAAAAGAUCAAAAUCAAAGAAAUCCUAUUAUGACCUACUAGUCGUAACCGAGUCAAACGCAAAACAACAAAAAACUUGCAUCAAGAAAUUAACCUGGAACGACCUCAAACUCCUCGCUUCAACAAAUCUAAACCUCAGUGAACUCCACAAACUCAAAGACUUGACCAAAGACAACCAGCACGUCCAGGAGCACACCUACAACAACUUGGCCGCGAUUGACCCCAUUUCCGCCGUAGAAACCGACAUUCUCAACGCCAAGACCCAGGAAACGCGUCUUGUCACCAUCACCGAAAUCCCCCAAAUCGAGCCCCAACUUCCCGUCGACGAAAUCCUCGAAACAAUCCCAAAAAUCGACUCUUUACAACCCGAAAUAAUCGAGGAACCGCCAGAGAUAAGCGAGGUCACUGACCCCGUCCCCAAAAUGAAUUUAAGCAAAAAAGCGCGAUAUGAAAUCUCGGUCAAAACCCUGGGGUCGUAUUUAGAGAUGUGCGCCAGUUUGCAAACCCCGACACGGGGCCUAAACGCGCUCAUCUUCCACAACCAGCGCGCGACAAGAGGGAAAGAUUUGACGUUUUCUACCAUGAAAAGUAUCAAGGUUUACAAUGCUCUACUGAAGGGGUUUGCCACCAAGGGCGAAACGUCGCGACUCGAAGAGGUGAUUGCGAUGAUACGGAAGGAGAAUGUCAAGUUUGACAUGCAGAGUUACAUUGCGAUUCUUGAGUGUUACGGAAGGGCGAAUUUUCACGACCAUUAUUUGAAACAGAUUCGGAUUUAUGCCAAAGAGGCCAUUUCAGGGGGCUUCACCUUCGAUCGGAUGCUCAACGAGGGGAUUUUCCUCAACGAUGAGCGAGAAAUAGUCUUGGCAACAAUGCAAAAAUUCGACCCUAGUUAUACCCCAAAAUACACCGAACCAGUGGUUCAGUACAAAAACGAACUGGUCAAUAGUUUGAACCACUCUAGUCAAUUACUCCCGCCCCAAGAAACACAACCCAAAAGUGGGCUUUUUUGCGGUUUUAUGAAAUCAGCUGUUGAGAAACAAUUAGAGUUGGAGAAAACCGGUCAUUUGGUCGUUAAAAGUAUCGAAAAUCGGGGUAAAGUCUCCGAGGAGGUGCUCAAAUACCGCGAAAUAAUGAACCAACAAAUCAGGGUUUGGGAGGAGACGGCUGCGAAGGCUUUCAGUCGCGAUUUGAGUGCGUUAGCUGCACAAAAAAGCCCCCUUAACCACGAAAUCUACCUGAGGAGUAUCCCCCUUAGGGACUUUGUCACAAUCCUUGUCAACGAAGCGAAACAAAUCGCUGAGGGUUCAGAGACUUAUAGUCCAACAGUGAACCAGUUGUACCGCGAUUUGGGGAAUAAAGUCUAUGCGAGGUACAAAAUUUUGCGUAAACAAAAGACAGGUGUCUUGGAUAAGGUCACCUCAAUUCAUUCGAGGUAUUGCGAGGCUUAUGCAAACCAACACGAGAUUCUUGAUGUUUUACCGGGGAAAAUGCAUUGUGUGAAUCCCCGACAGCAAUGGCAAUGGUUCGAGUACAGUUUGAAAGACAAGGGGGCGACUCUGACUAUGGAUCAUCGCGGUUGGUCCCCAUCAACGCUCCAAACCAUCGGGAAAUUCCUCUAUAAAAUCGUAAUGCACGAUUUGAAAGUCGAUGUUAACGCCAUGAAGGCCAACGUCAAGAAUCGGAACCACCAUCCGGCUUUUUAUACCGUGUUCCGGACUCAGGGCCGGAUUUUGAAGGAGGAGGUGAAGCCGCAUCCGGUUUUGUCCCGGUUAUUCCGGGCAUCGAUGCCGGAAACGUUGACUUUUCCGGCGAAUGAACUCCCGAUGUUUUGUCCACCCGUUCCAUGGACUUGUGUCGAUAACGGGGGGUAUUUGGUAAUGCCGUGCGAUGUUGUCAGAUUGCCCCCACAAGCCGUGUGUCAGAAACAGCGGUUGUAUCAAAGUGAGCUUCAGCAGUUGUAUCCGCCUUUGGAUGCACUGAAUCAGUUGGCAGCAGUGGCGUGGAAGGUUAAUACCGAUAUUUUGGAUGUCAUUUUGGAGGUUUUUAAUAAGGGAGGAUCGGCGAAAUUGGAUGUUCCUGAACCGCCGACUGCGCUAGCGAAGCCUCAGUCUGUCACGAAUGAUAUGGACAAGGCAGAGAAAUUCAAAUUGUUUAGACAGAAGUUGCAGUAUAGGAGGAAGAAGGCUGAGAUGUAUUCGUUGUGGUGCGAUUGUUUGUAUCGCUUAUCACUGGCCAAUCACUUCCGGUCUGAUAUAUUUUGGUUACCGCACAACAUGGACUUCCGGGGGCGCGUGUACCCCGUGCCCCCCCAUUUGAACCACCUGGGCUCAGACUUGGCCCGCUCCAUGCUAGUUUUCGCCGAAUCUCGUCCUUUGGGCCCCCAGGGUCUCAAUUGGCUUAAAUUGCACUUAAUCAACCUCACCGGUUUGAAAAAACGCGACUCGAUAACCGAUCGCUUGGCAUACGUUGAGACAAUCAUGGCGGACAUCCUCGAUUCGGCUGAUAACCCCCUUAGUGGCCGCCAAUGGUGGGCCGAAUCCGAGGAGCCUUGGCAAACCCUAGCCUGCUGUAUCGAAAUCGCCAAAGCUAUAAGAUCGGGGAAUCCCGAGAAAUACCGAUCACACUUCCCGGUGCAUCAAGACGGCAGUUGCAACGGUUUACAGCAUUACGCCGCAUUGGGGAGGGACAGUGCAGGGGCGUAUAGUGUGAAUUUGUGCCCCUCAGAGGUGCCCCAGGAUGUGUACAGUGCUGUGGUGACGUUAGUGGAGCAGCAGAGGAUGGAGGAUGCGGCGAAUGGGGUUGAAGUGGCGAAGGCGCUUCAAGGGUUUGUCAAACGUAAAGUGAUCAAACAGACGAUCAUGACGACGGUUUAUGGGGUUACCAAGUUUGGGGCGAGGUUACAAAUCGCGAGACAAUUGAAGGAUAUUGAUGAGUUCCCGAAAGAUUUAGUCUGGGCGGCGUCUUCGUACCUAACUGGUCGUACUUUCGACUCAUUGAGGUCGAUGUUUACGUCGACGAGGGAAAUUCAAGACUGGUUCACCGACUGUGCCCGAUUGAUUUCCAUGAGUGGGCAACAUGUCGAAUGGGUGACGCCCAUGGGGCUGCCCAUUGUGCAACCAUACAUUAGGUACAAGAAUUUAGGCACAUCUUUGGUCUACAAGCCGUUCCAUAUGGACGAGUUUGAGAAACCAAAUGUGAUGAAACAGAAAAACGCCUUUCCUCCGAAUUUCAUACAUUCGCUUGAUUCUAGUCACAUGAUGCUCACAUCGCUGUUUUGCGAGAGAGCUGGGAUUACGUUCGUUUCAGUUCAUGAUUGUUAUUGGACGCAUCCUUCAACUGUAGAUAUUAUGAAUAAAAUAUGUCGGGAACAAUUUGUCGCACUUCAUUCAUUGCCAAUUUUAGAAAAUCUCUCCUUGUUUUUGACUGAAAAGUACAGUUUUGGAAAAGACGACCUUAUCGGGGAUGGAUCUGUAUCAGAUUUGACUAAAACGAAACUGAAUAAGGUGCUGAGGAAGUUACCAAAAACAGGCGAUUUUGAUAUAACACAAGUUUUAAAUUCGGUGUAUUUCUUUAGUUGACUUUUAAGUUAAUAAAGUGAUUUUGUUACUUAGCA